AUGGUGAAUGGUCUCCCACCGGCAUUUCAGCAAACACACUAUUCUUCUGACGAUAUUUUUGCCUUCCUGAGGACUGCUUCACCGGUGCAGAGUUCAUGUGAAAUACUUUUCCCUGAAGAAGUUUGGGUACAACAGGAGUUGCAGUUCUAUGAGGACUCCUAUACGGAACAGCAGGACCUUAGAACAUGCAUUGUUACUUUUAAUGUUGCAAGUAAGAAACCACCUCAAAAUUUAGCUUCGCUUAUUGCACUCACCAUGCCGGGUGCAGGUGGUGAGCCUGUGGAUCUCAUUAUGGUGAGCCUUCAAGAAGUUGACAUGAGCGCCUCGGCUAUGCUGAAGGAUGAGACAGACGCUUCGGUAGUGUGGGUGAGUGCACUCCAAGCGGUAAUUGGCGCUGACUCGCAAGCAGCCGGCGAAUCUCCUUACUUUGCGUUUCCUCCCAAACAACUUGUUGGCUUACUACUCUGCGUAUUCAUUCGCCGCUCUUUGCUGCCGCAUGCGCAGAAGAUGGCCAUCACAACGGUGGCGACAGGGGCACUGGGGACCAUGGGAAACAAAGGUGCAGUGGGGCUCCACCUCGGGCUCUGCCGCUCUAAUUUAUGUUUCAUUAAUAUGCAUCUUGCGGCGGGGCAAAAGAACGUGGUGAAGCGCAACAACGACGUUAGCAAGAUAUUUAUGGGCAUGGACUUCAACACCACGAAACGACCCAUUUCGUUGGAAACCCGAGGGGGUAACAGCGCGCAAUCGGAGUUGCAGUUUCAGUAUCCGGAGUUUUUGCCCCACAAUAACGACGUCAUUGUUGUUGCGGGUGACCUUAACUAUCGGGUGAAUCUGACUUACAGGGAGUCGUUGCAGUUGGCAAUGAAAAAAGAUUAUGCGACUCUGCUGAAACAUGAUGAGUUUGUGAAAGAACUUGCGAACACGCAUUCACCGUGGAUGGGUUUCGUCGAGCUGACCCCCACGUACCCACCUACGUACCGCUAUGACAUUGGUACGAAUAAUUACGACACAAGUGAAAAGCAACGGGUACCGAGUUACACUGACCGAAUAGCAAUCUGGACGAGACGGAGGGACCAUCAGAGCUCUAUUCGUUUGGAACGACUUCAAGCAUUGACAGACGUUAUGAGCAGCGACCACAAACCGGUUCAGGCGUGCCUGUGCCUUCCCAUAAGCCGUGAGGUGUUGGAGAAGAAGAUUUCAGUCACACAAAGUCUGCGCGACAGCGUCAAGAGAGAGGGGUUGGACCGUAUUAGAAAAGCCAAAAUAUCGGUUAAUUCACAAAGUCUCAAUUUUGGGGUUCGCCAAUUCGGCGAUUGUGGGAGCCGUCAGCCACUUAAGAUUACCAACGAAGGCGACUGUGUGGCCGUGAUCAAGGCGUUUCGGCAGCAAGACGGAGAUCCCAGCAAGGGUGCGUGGCUGCGUGUGUUUCCGUUAAUCAUCUUCAUUCCUCCUCGUAAGGAAAAGGAGGUGAUGAUAGAGUGUCAACUGGACCGCAACUCAACGGAAUGGGUCAGAAACUGGAGGCCCUUUGAGGGUCGCGGCGAGGUAGAAAUUACUUCUACGCUCGUGUUGUGUGUGCGUAACGGUGAUAUUCACUUUGUGGAGUGUCGCUGCACGGUAAGGCCAAGUGUGUUCGGAAAUACCCUUGACAACAUUUCACUUCUUCGCAAUGAAGUGUGUGCUGCCGCCUACACGCUAUGGGGCACGCCCGAGAGGAGAUCUGGUGGAUGCAUGCCCCAAAUCCCAAAAGAGUUGUGGUAUCUUUGUGAGGCCAUAUAUGAGCGCGGAGCUCAGCAACCGAACCUGUUCACUGAAAACCCUUCCACUGAAGUCUGCGAUGCGAUUAUGAAGCAUCUGAACACGCAGUGUAGACCACUCCCAUCUGAGUACAACGUACAGUGCAUUUCAGCAUGUUUAAUUUACUUUCUCCAGUCGCUGCAGGAGCCCGUUGUGCCCUACGAAUUGUAUGAAAAAGCCUUGGCAGUGCUAAAAUCGAAGAGCGGGAAUCCGUUUCAGUUUGUUCAGCAGCAGUUACCUCCCCUUCACGCGAAUGUUUGGAUAUAUGUCUGCUCUCUGAUGAAUUUCUUACUGCGACCUGUGAACACGUGCGGCAACGGACUUACCACCAAAUUCCUAGCAAGAGUGCUUAGUGAUGUGAUGCUCGUUCGCCCCGAAGCUCUAACGCAAAUGCCACCCAGUGUAGGUACGUGCACUCAUCAGGAGGUAGCGUCAAAUGCUCCCCCUAAGGGCGGGACCGCAUUGCAGGCAUUUCGGCAGCAACUGCAGCAAGAGAGGGAGGAUGCUUUGCGCUUCGUCGAGUGUUUUCUUGUUCCACCCCCAGCCGUGAUAUUGUGA